GGCAGUCCUUUAAAUGCUCCAGAAAAUACUCUCGCUUCCUUCGAACAGGCAAAAAAGGAAGGGGUUGAUUUAAUUGAAUUCGAUGUUGGGUUUACCAAAGAUUUUGUCCCGGUUUUAAUGCACGAUGAUGAUCUCGAUAGAACAACAAAUAUGAAUGGGCCAUUAAAUAAAUUUAAUUUUGUUGAAUUGGAAAAGUGCAAUUGUGCUGCUAAAUUUAGUUUUUGCGGAAAAAAUUAUGUAGACACAUUUAUGUACGGAAAGUUCAAAUGUUCUUUCCAAAUUUCACUCAAUUUUCUCUGUUUCACCUUUGACCUUUCCGUACAUAAAUGUGUCUGCAUAACUUGCUGCAAAAACUGUUUUUGGAUAACCCAAAAGUCCCUUUCUAAAUUAGUCAUAAUAUCUUUUCUAAUUUUUUUUAGUUCCUUGGGUAGCCAAGACGUCACUUCCAAUUUUGAGCCUAUCUGUACUUUAGAGAAUUUAAUUGAAUGGUCAAUUAAAAAUAACGUGAAAAUGCUUUUCGAUGUAAAGGAUACAGAAAUUAAGUUAGUGAAGCUUAUUGCCCUCCUUUUUGAACGCUACAAUCUUUACAACAAAGCAAUUGUCUGUUCAUUCUUCCCGACUGUCGUCUAUCGCAUUAAAAAGGAAAAUCCAAAUAUUCUAACUGGGAUUACUUGGCGUCGUUGGUUCAUUACCUAUGAGGAUAUUGAAUUUACUGUGCCUCGUUCGUCCUCUAAAUUAAUAUUUUUUAUUUCGAUGAUUUUGGAUGUUAUUUGGAUUUGGUGUGUUAAAUUGUGGAUUCCGGAAUUUCUUGGCGUUGAUAUGGUGCUUACUGAACGACGAGAAAUUUCACCUUUUUAUUUGAAAAACAUGACAGCUCGUGGAUUUAAAGUUUGUGCUUGGACUGUCAAUGAACGCAAUGAAAUGGCUUGGAUGUCUCGUGAGCUUAAAAUUCCUUUUCUCACCGAUGCCCCUUAUAUUGCUAGUCAUGUGCUUAAGAAUGUUAAUGCUGAGAAAAAUUAA